GCUGAAACGCAGCGUCGUGGUUGCGUCGCAGCAUAAGGGCUUGCGCCGGGGCGUCGCGGUUGCGUCGCAGCACAAGGGUUGGCGUCGCGGUUGCGUCACAGCGCAGGCUUGCACUGGGGCGUCAUGGUUGCAUCGCAGCAUAAGGGUUCGCGCUGCGGCGUCACGGUUGCAUCACAGCGCAGGCUUGCGCCGGGGCGUCGCGGUUGCGUCGCAGCAUAAGGGUUUGCACCAUGGCGGCACGGUUGCAUCGCAGCGUCACAUUCGCGUCGCGGCACAGGUUUGCAUGACGGCAUCACAUUUGCAUCACAGCGCAGGCUUGCGCCGGGGCGUCGCGGUUGCGUCGCAGCAUAAGGGUUUGCACCAUGGCGGCACGGUUGCAUCGCAGCGUCACAUUCGCGUCGCGGCACAGGUUUGCAUGACGGCAUCACAUUUGCAUCACAGCGCAGGCUUGCGCCGGGGCGUCGCGGUUGCGUCGCAGCAUAAGGGUUUGCACCAUGGCGGCACGGUUGCAUCGCAGCGUCACAUUCGCGUCGCGGCACAGGUUUGCAUGACGGCAUCACAUUUGCAUCACAGCGCAGGCUUGCGCCGGGGCGUCGCGGUUGCGUCGCAGCAUAAGGGUUUGCACCAUGGCGGCACGGUUGCAUCGCAGCGUCACAUUCGCGUCGCGGCACAGGUUUGCAUGACGGCAUCACAUUUGCAUCACAGCGCAGGCUUGCGCCGGGGCGUCGCGGUUGCGUCGCAGCAUAAGGGUUUGCACCAUGGCGGCACGGUUGCAUCGCAGCGUCACAUUCGCGUCGCGGCACAGGUUUGCAUGACGGCAUCACAUUUGCAUCACAGCGCAGGCUUGCGCCGGGGCGUCGCGGUUGCGUCGCAGCAUAAGGGUUUGCACCAUGGCGGCACGGUUGCAUCGCAGCGUCACAUUCGCGUCGCGGCACAGGUUUGCAUGACGGCAUCACAUUUGCAUCACAGCGCAGGCUUGCGCCGGGGCGUCGCGGUUGCGUCGCAGCAUAAGGGUUUGCACCAUGGCGGCACGGUUGCAUCGCAGCGUCACAUUCGCGUCGCGGCACAGGUUUGCAUGACGGCAUCACAUUUGCAUCACAGCGCAGGCUUGCGCCGGGGCGUCGCGGUUGCGUCGCAGCAUAAGGGUUUGCACCAUGGCGGCACGGUUGCAUCGCAGCGUCACAUUCGCGUCGCGGCACAGGUUUGCAUGACGGCAUCACAUUUGCAUCACAGCGCAGGCUUGCGCCGGGGCGUCGCGGUUGCGUCGCAGCAUAAGGGUUUGCACUGCAGCGUCGCAUUUGCGUCACAGCGCAGGUUUGCGUCACAGCGCGGGUUUGCAUCGCCGCGUCCCGUUUGCAUCGCAGCAUACGCUUUGCAUUGCGGCGUCGCAUCGACCUUGCAGCGCACAUUUGCGCCGCAGCAUGGCAUUUGCAUCACAGCGCAGGUUUGCGCCACAGCAUCGCGUUUGCACCACAUCGUCGCGUUUGUGUCAUGACACAGGUUUGCGCCGCAGUGUCGCAUUCGCAUCACAGCUCAGGCUUUGCAUCAUGGUGUCGCAUCUGCGUCGCAGCGCACCUUUGCGCCGCAGUGUGGCGUUUGCAUCAGAGCGUCGCAGUUGCAUCACAGCACAGCUUUGCGCCGCGGCGUCGCAUUUCCAUCGCAGCGUGGGUUUGCACCACAGCGUCGCAUUUCCAUCAUGGCAUCACAUUUGUGUCGCGCCCCAGGUUUGCACCGCAGCGUC